GAAGCUAACGCUGUAAUUGUUUCCUUUGUAUUGCCUAUGCAAAUUAUCAACCCCCUCUUUGAAAGGGCAUUAGCUCUGUUCUUCAGUAUAUUUUAAGCCGUGGCAAGUAUAUAGAAUUACCGAAAUGAAGUCUGCACAUAUGGUACAAAGAAAAACCUCAAAGGCCCGACAAGAUCGAAGUGCGCGCGUUUCCUGUGGCUCGUGCGAAGGUCACUUGAAGAUUGCGAUGAAAACGAAGAGCGCAGUCGGCGAGAAGACGGCCAUGGUGUGAAGCCGCAGAAGACCGGGGCCCCCCUGUUGCACCUCAGCACCAUCCCUGGCCACCCAAAAUGGCAGAUUUACCAGCGGCGACUGCGACCGUGCGGGAUGUGGAGUUCCGCGUGCCACCCACCGCGGAUGGCGUGCGGGAGGUGGAAUUCCACGUGAAACCCACUGCGGAGGGCCGCCAGGGAUCCUCGGUCACGGUGAGCGUGACCACGACGUCGACGGCCGAGCCAGAGGCCGGCCCCAGCCGUGCUGAGGACCUGACGUUCAGCGACCUGCCCACGGCCAACCACGUCAUGGACUGCGUGCUGGCUGAGUUCCGCGCGCGGCCCGUGAUUCACGCGCGGCUCGGAAAUGUGCCGCUGCCGGACUUCAACGCGGGAGAGGCUCGAGUCUACUCACCGCGAUUCUGGGAUCUGAACGCCGUGUUUCGCGAGGGGGACGCCUACAUGCGUGCCAGCCCGUACACGUCGGGUCAGCUGCCAGUUGAAGUACGGCUACGCUCGCGAGUAGCCUGCCGUGAUGUUAAGUUUCAGUGCGACUUCGCCUAUUCUUACUUCCGCGGGCAGGUGGCACUCAGCUUUGAGCAAGUCCUCAUAGGCGUCCUGCUGGUGCUCAGAGGGGGCUUCCCCGACGUCAAGUCACUGCAGGUGGAGAACAUCGGCGACUUUGACGUGUCGUCACUGAUAGGAGUGCCGGUAGUACUCAAGUGGCUGGCCACCAAGGUCAUCAAGAAAGUCAUUCGCGACAACAGCCAGGUGAUCGCCAGGCUGGCGUCGAACGAGGUCAAGGACGUGCUCCAGGAAGCGAUCGGCGACCAGGACCUGACCUCUGUGCUGAAGGACGCACUGGCAGCGCGAGACGCCGCCGCCAAGCAAGCGUCCAGCGACCAGCUGCAUAGCAGCGCCUGACGAACACCGCCCGAGGGGUUGCGCGAGGGCCUGGAAUGCCACUUGUGAACUCCACCCUUUGCACGCGCAUGGGAAGCUCGUGUAGGCGACCAUGACGCACGACGAAUAAAUUACACCGAAGCCGCAGUUUACG